UCGAAUUCGAGCGAUGCUAGCUCUACGAGGUCGGACAAUAGGGUCAGAAAUAAGCGAAGCGUUGGCGAUCUGGCGCUACCGUUCAUGAAUGCGACCAAGAGAGAUAGCCUCAAGGAUGAAGACUUGGUAUCGCUCGUCCGGAUCUGUGGCAAGAGCAAGCUGUAUCUGCCUUCGGAGUAUUCGCCAGGUUCUCUCGUUCUUCCUACGUGCUUUCGUGCGACUGCGCAGUACCUGGUGCAGCAUGCCGCGCAAACGCGUGGCGUGUUUCGCAUCCCUGGCUCGGUCCGCAUAGUCAACGCCCUCUACGCCUACUACUGUGCCGAUGGUGAUGCGGACGACAUCUCCAGCACAAUCAGCUGCCCAAACCUGCCCUCUCACAUUAAGGCCAGGACCCACGACGUCGCCUCGGCAUUUAAGCGCCUUCUGUCCGGCCUUCCCGGAGGGAUUCUGGGUUCUCUGACCCUAUUUGAAGCUCUAGUGGGCAUUCAAAACCAGCUGGACGCGGAAGCCGAGAUACUCAAGACGAAGCAGACCAAGCUCAAGGCGAGGCUGAUGGCCCUUGCUAUCGGCGCCGUCAGAUCCCAGCUCCGCCGCGACUUAAUAUGCGCCGUCUUUGGUCUGCUCUGCCUAAUUGGGCGUGCUGCUGAAACGGCGCCACGAGAGGAUGAGCAUGGGAGGCCACUGCCGACGUCCGAUCUGAUGGGAUACAACGCCUUGGGAAUAGUCUUCGGUCCGCUGCUUGUCGGCGAUCUUCUGAAUUCUUAUGAUCUGAAGAUUGCCGGUACUGCUACCGGCCGGGCCUGUCCAGUCACUUCCCCCACUGUGAGGAAGGACAGGCGCAGGUCCAAUGUCGUGGACGAGGCUCGCCCGUCCGCGCCGCCCUCAAUCGACAAGAUUCACGUGGCAAACAGCAUCACCGAGAUGCUCAUCACCCAUUGGCGUGAGGUUGUCAGGCACAUGAGGAGCCUGGGAGUCUUGAAAUCCGGCCAAGACGGGUCUCAGACCAGGGUAGCGUUGCGACCAUCCACCGAGUCGUUCAAGCUCAGCAUGCCACACCCCCACUUGGACGUGUUCGAUUCCAGGGAGUCAUCAUUCCCACUGAGCCCUACACCUGGAUCCAUGAGAGGCAUGCUGGAGAACUCUCGCCCACCUGUUGUGCUUCCACGUCGAAGACCAAGGGCGAUGCGGCCUUUAUCCAGCACCUCUGCGGGCGUACAUGUAUCAUUGUUGUCUCCUCCCGUGGAAGAACCGUCUCCUGCUGAGUUUAAGAAGCCAGGGGACGUCGGUGAUGAUGAGCACCGGCAAAGGCACAACACUCAAGUGGACAACCACGUUCCAUCAGUGGAGGAGGCAGGCUUCGCUCUUCCAAAUGGAUCCUCUCCAUUCACCGGAAGAUCAGCAGGCUUGAAAGAACUGGUCGGGUUCUGGAGCGCAGCCACGACACCCGUCCCUCCAGGCAAGCAACUCGCUCAAACGGCCAACAAAGAGAACACGGUUCCAUCCCGCGAGGCAAUAAAGAUGGCGAACUCUCCAGCCGCCUCGGCCGCGUCGACCAGACCGGAAAGCGUUGAGCAAAGAAUUGGGGCAGCGUUCAGGGGAGCAAAUCCAUUCAAAAGGAGGUCAUACAAGGGCAAUUCGGCUUCAAAUUCCACCGAAAGGAUAUCCCAGGAUACACCAAGGUGGACAUUCAGGGGAUCGUUUGAAGCUAAGGCUCUCCAAGACGAAAAGACAAAAAUGGACGUAUUCGGCCGUGGACGGCCACGCCUGGCAGGAUGGAAGUUAAGACGCAGAUCCUUCGUGUCUACAGGUACCGAAAGCGCCGUCUCCGAUUCACUGGGCACAGGAGAGCUUACUCGGGGAACGAGGGCUGAAGAGAAUUCAAGCGCUCCUCAAUCACACCAAAGUAGUCCCGAGUCCAACUUUUCUUCAGGACUUGGGCAUCGGAGCUGUUCAAAUGGAGGUCAUGGCGACUGCCUUGGAAAUGAUGCUAGCUACACCCAGGCCGAACAAGAAGUCGCUACAAAGUCCGGCAGCGAGUCGUUCGCCAGGGGCUCUCCCAUGUACGUUGAUAGUUCAAGGUUUACACAGCCAUCUAGCUUCGUGGGGCAGUUCCGUCCGCUUCAGACACUCUCUGCCAACACCGAAUCACAGAGGCGUUGUUCUGGGACGAGCGCUCCUGGCUAUUCUCUGGGCUCUCUGGGAAAGAGAGGAUGCGAGGACACGGGCGCAGCAGGACACCAUCCAGAAAACCGUCGACCUCUCCCAAGCGGUCCCAGGCCAAAUCCGGCGCAACCGACUUUGGGUCACAUCCCUCGAUCGGUACCAGCACACUCAGUUGGCAGCGGGGUCAAAGCCAUGGCAGCUAUGUUCGAGUCCGUCUCCCAAACCCCAGAUCGUCUGCCUUCACUCAGGGAAAAACCGAAUGUCCGAACCGACUCCAGAUCUAGUGGAAUGCUAUCCCCCUACACAGUCAACCCAGCACCAGCCAAGUCACGCUGUAACUCACCCAAACCCAUCGAAUCCAUCUCAGGUGGUCGACGGCCGUGGAUGUCUGCAAUUCGGCAUCAUGAUUUGAGAGGAUCUCGGGGAUCAAUGCCCGGGGGAGUGGUUAGGGAUAACAGUGGCGUUGGUCGAGGCAGAAGAAGCGUCUCAGAGACGGCGCGAGGCAAGACGACAAGCCCUAGGCACAGCACAGCCGUUCCGUUCCACAGCGAAGCUACGGUUGAGAAACGACUAUGUCAAGAGGCGACGACAUUGAAACAGCCUGACAUGCCGGGAACGCGAUCUUUGGGGUUGGGAGCAGGGGAAUCUCCCUCAGUCAGAGAUAUCCUAGUCCAAGAUGCAUCAGACGAUAAUGAUCGACCUACAUUUGAGAGAACCGGCACUAUCGCCUCUAUUCCUAUUGAUCCCAAACAGGAUGACCUUACAACAACACCCGACCUCAGCCCAAGCAGCCGCCAGUCAACCCCCUUCCAUACCCCAAGCAAACAAGCCGAGCCCAGCCCGGCCUCCACGACCCCCCGAUUCCCCUUGGUACGCAUCCCGGAGCAUCAUCAUCAGGGGAAAACACCGGAAAACUUCCACCCAGGCCAGGACAGAUUGGUCCCUGUCCGAGACAGCAUCCCCGCCAAGCUCAUCGGGCCAGCAUCCACAACACCGCCUGGCAGCCCCCCUGGGCCCUCCCCAGGGAUCUGGCAUGACUUCGCCAAGCAGGAAGAUGCAAAGGAGAACAAGCUCGCCAGGCUGCGUGCAAAGCUGCGGCAGACAGAAAAGGAAUGCGCUUUGUGGAAGGCGAGGGCCGAGCGCGCCGAGCGGAAGGUCCUCCUUCUUGAGAGGGUGGAUAUCAAGCCCGACCCUGUCGGCACCACCUCCUCCGAUUCACGCAGGGCCUCGACGAGGGACGAGUCACAGCCUACCGACUCCUCCUCCUCCUCCGGCUUAGCGUGGUACUUUGCACGUAGAGACGGUCAGACUGUUGAUUCCCCUACUUCCCGGUUAGCGAGGGAAUGUGAGAGCAGAGAACCCCAGCCUGUCAACCCCCACAACUUCGAGUUAGCAAGUCUUUUCGCGAGCGAAGCACCUCAGCCUGCCGCCUCUUCCACCUCCAACUUACUCUGGGGCUAAAGGAUUUGAAGACGGACGGAGGAAGAGAAAAUGGGGAUAGGAGUGGGAGAGACUGUGGUAAGGCCAAGGUUUUAGGAGGCCGGUGUCGGGGAUAUGCGGUGCUGUGGAAGGGUGUGAUGGGAAUGACGUUUGGCGGAAGAGGGAAUGGGACAUGUCGGUGAUGCAUGCCGCGGAAGGUUGUCCCAACGGUAGAGUUACGGACCAGUGCAGAAGGGGAGGUUCUGGCGAGGGGUUUCAUGAAACGGUUGAUCGUGUGGAUGGGAAAUGAUGGGGUUAGGGGUGGCCUCUUUGUGGUGUCGCUUAGAGGCUCAUGGGGUUCUUGAAUUGAAACAAUAGGGGCAACCUGCCAUGGCGCAAUGGGAUGGUCGGUUUAGCAGGUAGGAAAGCAUUCGCAGGGAGCACGGUGUAAGAUAUAUCUAGCUGUGUAUGGGUUGGGGUAGCUGUACGAGAGAGGUGAAUGCAGGC